AGAGACAGAGAGAGAGAGAGAGAGAGAGAGAGAGAGAAACAGAGAGAGUGCUAUUGACUUGGAUAAAGAGAACGUGUGUGGACUACAGGCUGAAAGAGAGAAGCAAGACAGUAGAGAGAGAGAAGCAAACUAAGUCUGAGGCAGGAGGAAGGAGACAGUAUCUCUAUAAUUUCUUGACUUUGGAUUAUUAUCAAUGGAUGGUUCAGUUUGCGUGGAGCAGUCAAGAGACAUGGAGGACUCUGAAAGCGUCUCACCUGAAAACCUUCUGCAGAUGAACAAUAACAUGGACUCAAGAACAGAGGACAUGCUGAAGGACACUAUCAUAGACAACCUCACUGAUGAGAAUGGGAACACUGAUCAGGGCAAUGCAACCAAUGAGGAGAAUGGAGAGGAGGAGCUUCAUGAAACAGUGGCCAAUGAUAAAGAGGCAACAAAGAGUGGGGGAGGAACUCCUGAAAAUAACAACACAGAACAGAGCACAGAGGUAGAGGAAGUAAAGGACAAGACUAAGGAGAAGACUGAGGACAAGGCUGAGGGCAAGGCUGAGGAGAAGAAAGAUGGAGAGGAGGAGAGAGAGACUGAAGUAGAGAGCAGUGGAGAUGUAAAGACAGACACAGAUGGAACAAAGGAGGGAGAGGGAGAAGACAAAACAGAAAGCCCAAAAAGUAAAUCAAAUGAAAAGGAGGCCAAGCUUGACGAGGUAAAGAAUGGAGCAAAUGUGAGUGAAAAAGAGGAAAACCUUCCUAAGGGUAAAGAAACAGACAAAAAGAAGAAGGAUGCCAAAUCUAAAAAAGAAGUAAAGACUUCAGAGAAGCUGAAGGGAAAAGAUGACAAGAAAUCAGCAGGGAAGUCAAAGAAUGAACCAAAGCAGGCAAAGGAGAAGGAGAUGGUGGGAAAAGAGAAGGAGAUGGCGGGAAAAGAGAAGGAGAAGGAGGGGAAGGAGAAAGGGAAAGGUAAUGAAACAGAGAGAAAGAGACCCACGAUCCCAGUGUCCAUGCCACGCCCAAGACCAUCAGCACGUCCAUCCACACGCAGAGAUGCCAUGGCCAAGUUUGAACAAGGCCAACCUGCUGGUCAGCGAAACUUCAAGGUACAGCGUGUGUCAGUAGGUGUGGCCAACGGAGGAUCGAUCAAACAGAAAAUCCUCCAAUGGUGUCGCAGCAAAACUCAACACUAUGAGGGUGUGACGAUUGAGAACUUCUCCUCAUCUUGGUCUAAUGGUCUGGCAUUCUGUGCCCUCAUCCAUCGAUUUUUUCCCGAUGCGUUCGACUUUUCCACCCUAAACGCCAAUGAGAGAGAGAAGAACUUCACACUGGCCUUUGACACAGCAGAGUCACUUGCAGACUGCUGCCCCCUGUUGGAGGUAUCUGAUAUGAUGCUGAUGGGGAACAACCCUGACCCCAUGUGUGUUUUCACCUAUGUGCAGUCCCUAUGUCAUCACCUCUCCAAGAUAGAGAAGAAGAGAAAAGAGGAGGAGGAGGAGAAAAAGAAGGCAGAAGCUGAGGAGUCGGUGGAAGACGGGAAGAACGUGGGGGAGGCUGAAGACAAGAUGGCCGAUGCUGAGGCGGGGGAGGAGGAAGCACAAGAGAACACUGAUGGACUGAAAGAAAAUGAUGGCAAAGUGGAGUUAGAAAGUGAGGCUUAAGAGGUCUAGGAGUCGGGCGAAUGAUUACAAAGCAAAAGAUGCUACGAAGAAAGGAAAAGUGGGAAAGAGAGAGAGAGAGAGACUGGGAAAGAGAGAGAGAGAGAGACGAUUCAGAUUGGUAGUUUAUGGAGACAUUGAUAGUCUUAACGUUACUCCAACACUGUGCUGUUUGGUUUCACGGUUUACUAUGAACUAAUCACUUAAAAUUGGCUGUUGCUUGUAUGUUUGUAAAGUUACCUUUUUACUUAUUGUAACAUGUAUUUACAUUAGCGUGUUUGGAAUUGUGAAAACAAAAUGUAUUAUAAAAGAAACAUUUAUUAA